CCAAUAUUGGAAGUGGAAGAAAUAGAAUGAAAAGAUGGAUCAUUUCAGUUUAUCAUCAGAUGAUAUUGGUUUCCAUCUUUUCACAUGUGAAUCAUUGGCCACAAUUGAGAAGCGAAUUGCUGAGAAAAAAACAGAGCAAGCCAAGGCUAAGCUGGAAAAUAAAGAUCAACAGGCUGAAGUAGGAAAACGUCAGCCCCGACCUUAUCUGAGAGCUUGCAAAAAGCUGCCUGCUGUCUUUGGGAAUCCUCCUCUGGAGCUCAUCGGGGAACCCUUGGAAGAUCUUGAUCCGUACUACAAUGAUCACAAGACUUUUAUGGUACUAAAUAAAAAGAAGAGAAUCUUCCGAUUUACUGCUACACGUGUCUUAUGUAUACUUAGCUCUUUCCAUCCUAUCAGAAGAGCUGCUAUUAAAGUUUCUGUCCAUCCAUGGUUUACUGUGUUUAUUAUAUUCACCGUUCUACUGAAUUGUGCAAUGAUGAUUCCAGCUGACAUUGCAAAGAUAAACAUAAACAUUGACUUGAACACUUUGCUUCUCAGGUUCACUUUUGCUGGUAUUUACACUUGUGAAAUAUUGAUAAAAGUAUUAGCAAGUGGAUUUGUUUGGACUCAAUUCACCUUCCUUCGCGAUCCAUGGAACAUUGUGGAUUUAAUUGUUAUUGUUAUAAUGUAUCUGAGCCUAUGUUCACCCCGAAAUAAGGUUUCAUUUCUUCGGAUUUUCAGGCUAUUCGGAUCUUUAAAAGAUAUAUCAGCAAUCCCAGAACUAAAGGUCAUCGUAGAUGCACUUAUCCAGUCUAUUAAGAAACUUGUUGAUGUGAUGAUCCUGACCGUUUUCUGCUUGAGUGUCUUUGCCCUUGUAGGCGUCCAGGUCUUUAUGGGUAACUUGAAAAAGAAAUGUGUCCGUAACAAUACUACAUUUGAUCAGAAAUUAUGUGAUGAUGCCAAGAUAAGUGAUGUAAAGGAAUCAGAUAUCUGCUACAGAAUGAAUAAUUCUCAGGAUGUAUUACUGUGCGGAUUCAGCUUGGAACCUGAUAAGGAAUGUCCAGAGAACUAUUCCUGCCAGAAAAUUGGGGACAAUCCUGAUUUUGGCUACACAAGCUUUGAUCAUUUUGGCUGGGCCUUCCUCUCUGUUUUCCGUCUGAUGACACAAGAUAACUGGGAGCAUCUAUAUUGACAAAUCAUCCGAACUUCUGGAAAGACCUACAUGAUCUUUUUUGUGGUGGUCAUCUUCCUGUGCUCAUUCUAUCUCUUCAACUUGAUCCUGGCCGUAGUAACCAUGGCAUAUGAAGAGCAAAACAAUGCCACUCUUGCUGAAACACAGGCAAAGAAGAAAUUGUGUCAGGAAGCUGAGGAACUACUAAGGAAAGAGCAGGAGCAGAUAUCAGCAGACUCUGUAAACAAUCCAGUUAGAAGACAAAGGAUAAUGAGUGCAACCAAUAUUAUUACCAAUGUCCCACUUAAACUGGAAGAGUCAAAACGGAAAUGUCCUUCAUGCUGGAAUCGCUUUGCCCAAAAAUAUCUCAUUUGGGACUGUUGCCCACUGUGGAUACAACUCAAGGAGAAAGUGAAGCUUAUAGUAAUGGAUCCAUUUACUGACCUCACUAUCACUGUUUGCAUUGUGGUGAAUACCAUCUUCAUGGCACUAGAGCACGAUAAUAUGACAGAAAGUCUUAGCAACAUGAUUAUUACAGUCGACAACGUCUUCACUGGAAUUUUUACAGCAGAAAUGAUCUUCAAAAUCAUCGCUCUAGAUCCCUACUACUAUUUUCAGCAGGGCUGGAAUAUUUUUGACAGCAUAAUUGUUAUGAUAGGCCCAAUAAAAACAUUUUUGGAAAUAAACCUGCCAUUUUUCAGAUUGCUGCGGAUCUUCAAAUUGUCAAAGUCAUGGCAAGCCUUAAAUAAACUUGUGAAAAUCAUGUGUCAGUCAGUUGGUGCCUUUGGUAGUCUCGAACUGGUUUUGGGUAUCACUGUAUUUAUUUUUGCUGUAGUAGGAAUGCAGGUUUUUGGAAACUAUUACUCCAACAGCACUAAAAUAAGCACAGACUGCAAUUUACGCUGGCAUAUGAUUGAUUUCUUCCAUUCAUUCCUUAUCAUAUUCCGAAUUCUAUGUGGAGAAUGGAUUGAAACCUUGUGGGGCUGCAUGGAAGUAGCUGGGAAAGAGCUGUGUCUUCCUUUUUUCUUGCUGGUCCUGGUGGUAGGAAACCUAGUGGUGCUUAACCUGUUCAUUGCCUUGCUGCUGAAUUCCUGCAAUAUUGAUGAUCCAGCAACACCAGAUGAAGCUGAAAAGAGGACCAAGCUUCAGUUUGCCUUUUCUCGGAUUCACAGGGGUCUGCAGUUUGUGAUACACAUAACAGGGGAUUUGUGUUGCAAAAUACUCAGACAAGGGCUGAAAACAAUGACCAGCAGGAAGAUUAUGGUGAAAGUUACCGCACAGAAUGUUGGUGGGAAUUACCAUGCCGCUAUAGAUAUGGGGGAAAAUUACACUGAUAAUGGGAUUUACCAAAACAAAGAGGAAUCCCCAAUGGCAAAGGAGUAUGAGGAUUUUAUGACCAAUUCUAACACAUUUGUUUGUGUUCCCUUUGCUGAGACAGAGUGUUACAGUGAGGAUUAUGAUGAUGAGAAUAGCACAUAUACCAAAAUGGAAUAUAUAGCAAUGAUGGAAAACCAACUAAAGCACAGGAGAGAGAAACGGAAAAGCUCAGGGGUCUUAAGUCAGGCCUCUGGAACUUCUGAUACCAUAAAUAUGUUUUCCACCGGUACACAGAAGGAAAAACAAACAGAGGAAUUGGCGGGGAUCAUCCAAUCGACUGAAAAGUUAGAUGCACCUAAGGACUGUUUUACAGAAGGCUGUGUUCAAUGCUCCUUAUGCUGUGCAGUGGAUAUCCCAAAGUUUCCAGGAAGUACUUGGUGGCGAUUUAGGAAAACCUGCUACCGAAUUGUUCAGCAUAGCUGGUUUGAAACUUUUAUCAUAUUCAUAAUUCUCCUGAGCAGUGCAACUCUGGCAUUUGAAGAUAUUUACCUUAAGGAAUAUGCAACCAUUCAAAACCUUCUGAAACUUGCCGAUAUAAUAUUUGCUUACAUCUUUUUACUGGAGAUGUUUCUGAAAUGGGUGGCUUACGGUUUCCAGGAGUAUUUCACAAAUUUCUGGUGUUUGCUUGAUUUCUUUAUUGUAUGUGUUUCAUUUACAAGUUUUAGCAACCAGGAAGUAUUGAAAAAAGCAGAGUUUUGUGCCAGCCAAAACGUGAAGUCUUUCAGAACCCUGAGGGCAUUGAGGCCCCUCCGAGCCUUAUCCAGAUUGGAAGGGAUAAAGAUAGUUGUGUAUGCCCUAGUAGGAGCUAUCCCUUCCAUCAUGAACGUCAUGCUUGUCUGCCUUGUUGUCUGGCUCCCAUUUAACAUCAUAGGAGUGAAAGAAUUUCGUGGAAGGUUUUGGAAAUGCACUAACAUAUCAAGUGAUUUGAUUGAUCAAAUUAAAAGCAGAAAUGACUGUGAAAUCCAUAGUCACUUAAAAUGGGAGAAUGCUAAAGUCACCUUUGAUCAUGUUGGAAUGGGGUACUUGGCUCUUCUACAGGUGGCAACUUUUAAAGGUUGGAUGGACAUUAUGUAUGCUGCAGUGGAUUCACGUGAGGUAGACCAGCAGCCAAUAUGUGAACACCGUUUAUUCAUGUAUUUGUAUUUUGUGUGUUUUAUCAUGAUUGGAUCUUUUUUCAUGAUGAAUCUCUUCAUUGGAGUUGUUAUCAAAAAUUUUAACCAACAAAGGAAAAAGAUAAGCGGAGAUCAUAUCUUUUUGACAAAGGAACAGAAAAAGUAUUAUAAUGCCCUGAAGAAACUUGGAUCCAAGAAACCCCAAAAAUCCAUCCCAAGGCCAUUGAACAAAUACCAAGGAUUUUUUUUUGACAUUGUAUCAAGCAAAGCUUUUGAGAUUACCAUUGUGACUCUCAUCUGCCUUAACAUGAUCAUUAUGAUGUGGGUCAGUGAAGACCAAGAUGAAAAAAGCAAGAAUAUUCUUGAGAUCAUCAACAAGGUCUUUGUUGCCAUAUUUACUGGAGAGUGCAUCAUGAAAAUACUGGCUCUAAGAUACUACUUCUUCACCAAUGGCUGGAAUAUAUUUGAUUUACUUGUUGUGAUCCUUUCAUUAAGCAUACUGUGCUUUUCAGCCCUUGUUGCUGUCUGUACAGACAUCUUCCAUGGUUGGAGGUAUUCCGAGUUCAUCUCUGAUCGGGUGUUGUGGGAUGAAGGUGAAGAUACUGUCAUCAACAGCAGAGUCCCGAUUGAGAAGAUCUUUGAAAUGUUCCUUCCAGUGUGCGUUGACAGCUUCCAUUUCUUUGAUCAACUCCUCUCAGGGGAGGGAGGAGGCUUGAAAGACUGCCUGAGACUAAUACGGCAAGCCCAAGGAAUUAGAACUCUCCUUUUUACAUUAUUGAUGUCCCUUCCUGCUCUGUUCAAUAUUGGUCUCCUGCUUUUUCUGAUCAUGUAUAUUUAUGCUAUUUUGGGCAUGGCUCACUUUGCCUGUGCUAAUUGGGAUGGUGGGAUUGAUAACAUUUUCAACUUCCAAACCUUCGGUGGCAGCAUGCUCUGCCUCUUCCAGAUCACAACAUCAGCCGGCUGGGAUGGCCUUCUUAACCCUUUCUUAGGGACAAGAUCUGACUCUUGUGCUCCAAAUUUAAUUAUACAACCUAGCGACAAUACUUCUUGUGUAAAUAGCUCUGUAGCAAUGAUAUAUUUUGUAAGUUAUGUCAUUAUAUCAUUUCUUAUUGUUGUAAACAUGUAUAUAGCUGUUAUUUUAGAGAACUUGAAUGUUGCUACUGAGGAAAGUACAGAGCCUUUAUGUGAAGAUGACUUUGAUAUGUUUUAUGAAAUAUGGGGGAAGUUUGAUUCUGAGAUGACUCAGUUUAUUGAGUAUUCGGCACUUUCAGACUUUGCAGAUGCUUUGGAAAAACCCUUACGUGUAUCAAAACCCAACAAAAUUCAGCUGAUAGCAAUGGAUCUUCCUCUGUUUAGUGGAGAUAGGAUCUACUACUGGGAUAUUUUGCUUGCUUUUAUCAAAAGAGUGUUAGGAGAAUCUGGGGAGAUGGACAAACUAAUGAUGGAGAAUAAGCUUAAGAUUGCCAUUCCAUCCAAGUUUGCUUAUAAACCAAUCACAACUACCCUUAGAAGAAGACAAGAGGAGCUUUCUGCCAUUAUUAUCCAAAGGGCCUUCCGGUCCCAUUUGAUUCAAUGUUCUAUGAAACAGGGUUCUUGUUCAUACCAACACAGAACCUGUGACAGUAGCAUCUCAGAAGAAGAUGUAUCUGAGAAGGAAGGUAGCCAGUUAGAUAGAUCACAAACUGCAUCUUCCAUUUCUUUCCCUCCAUCUUAUGAUAGUGUCACUGGGGCCACUAACGAUAACUUGCAGGUGACAAUUACAGACUCAGGCAAAGCCAAUUAA